AUGACAGCCAAGAUACUGCUCCAGGAUGUGUGGCGCUGUGGUCUGAGUUGGGAUGAGAUUCUCCCUGGUGAGCUGCUGACCAGAUUCGUCUCUUGGGUGGCUGGAUUGGAAGUUCUCCAAACGUGGAUGAUUCCUCGGUGCUAUUUCCCUGGAACAGUAUGGAAGGAGACUGUUGACCUGUUGGAGUUCCAUGUCUUCUCAGAUGCCAGCAUGAAGGCCUACGGAGCGAACGUCUAUGCAAGAAUACCAGAUAGUAAUGGUGGUUUCAGGGUGGCAUUUGUCACCUCCAAGGGCAAAGUAGCCCCUCUAAAAAGGUUAACGUUGCCCAGGCUAGAGCUACUUGGAGCCCUAGUUGGUGCUAGUCUGCUUGCAUUUGUUUUAAAGGCGCUGAAGUUGGAUAUUUCUAAAGUAUCCUACCACUGCUGGUCCGACUCGACCAUUGUUCUGUCUUGGAUAAAAUCCCAACCGUCUAAGUUUAAGACAUUUGUAGGCAACCGUGUGAAAGAUAUACAGGAUUUAACAAAUCCUGCCAGUUGGCGUCAUGUUGAGAAUGCUGACAACCCUGCUGAUCUAGUGUCUAGGGGGGCACCUGCUCAGAUAUUGUGUGAUAACCCGCUGUGGCUGCAUGGCCCAGCGUGGCUUGCUUCACCUCUUGUUCUUGCAGAUGGUAAGGAGGAUAUUCCAGUGGAGGAGACUCAUGAUGAAAUCGAUGACGGUACCGGAGCAGGAACUAGUCUGGUGUCUGGCACACCUGAGAACAGAGAAUUUGCACUGCCUACCAACUCGAAGCGCUGGGAACCUUUGGUGAGUGAUAACCUUUCACUUGAUGAGUUGUCUGAGGCCAAGAAAUUUCUGCUGCAGUGCUUGCAGAAAAGUGUCUACGGAGAUGAGAUAGAAGCGCUUGCUAGGGGUGCCAAUUUACCAAAGCACUCCUCCUUGAUGACUCUCUCACCUUUCCUGGACGAGGAGGGAUAUCUUAGGAUCAAAGGAAGACUACAGUUGUCUAGUCUAUCCUACCAAGCUAAGCAUCCUAUCAUCCUUCCCAGUCAUUGGCUGACUAAAUUGCUAGUCAGAUCUCAGCACAUACUGAUGAAGCAUGCAGGUGUGAAUGCUCUGUUGUCAUCCCUGCGUGGAUGUUACUGGAUAGUUGGUGUACGUAAACUGGCCAAAGGUGUGAAACGUGAGUGUGUGAGAUGUCAGCGUCAGGAUGGUGCAGCCUGUAACCGUCCUGUGGCGCCUCUGCCUGCACUUCGAGUGAAGCAGGCCUCACCCUUCACUGUGACAGGCAUGGACUAUUUCGGCCACAUGUUCUGUGCCGACCAGCCUGGUGAGAAAAAAUACGUACUACUAUUAACAUGUGCUGUGGUGAGGGCCAUACAUUUGGAGCUGACAGAUUCGCUGUCCUUGUAUAACUUCAUGUUGGCUUUCCGGAGUUUUGUAUCAAGAAGAGGGUUGCCAUCUGUAAACUUUAGCGACAACGCCAAGACAUUUGUAGCUGCAAAGUAUGAGUUAGUGAAAGAGUAUCGAUACCUGGCACCAAGGUGGAAAUUUAUAGUGCCUCGUAGUCCCUGGCAUGGGGGCUGGUGGGAGCGCCUGGUGCGCUCAGUGAAAUCUGGCCUAAGGAAGUCAUUGGGCACUGCGUCACUGACCCGCACUGAGCUGGAGACUCUGUUACAUGAGAUAGAGGCCUGCAUAAACUCCCGGCCACUCACCUUCACUGGUGAUACUAUAGACUCUCCUGACCCCCUUACUCCCUCUCACUUUCUCAUUGGCAGGGGAUCGCAUUUCCAACCAGAAGAAGGCCUUUCCUCUGAUGACCGUGAAGUGGUUCCUCCUGUGACCUCAGUAGACCUGCAGGACCGCCUGGCUUUGCAAGAAUUGCGCCUCAAGCAAUUUUGGGAGGUGUGGACAAAGGAGUACUUGAGAAAUUUACCCCAUGUUGUCACAAAAUUCAAAACACAUGAUUCUGUUCAUUCUGUGGAUAUAUCUACUGGCACCGUGCCAGAAAAUUCGUACGCCAGUGGUAAACCGCCUACCACCGAACCUGAACCUGCGCCAGUUGUAACGCGUGUAGGACGCACCGUACGCGCACCUGACAAACUGGACCUCUAA